GCUUCCAGUUUCACGUCUGUUUAUACAUAAUCAUCGCGCAAUAAUCGGCUUAAAUUUACAAUAAUUACAGUUGCUAUUAUCGCGGAGUCUCAGCAUCUUAUUCACAAUUAAUUUACAGAGUAAAUUCCAUGACAAAUAUCGCGCUAUUAUCUUGUUUCAGUUACAUCCAAGUUUAUGCUCUGUUUUGUUAUUAUUAUAAUUUAUAUUCCAAUAACCGUGGAUUCGUUUGUUUGUUUUAGUGUAAGUAUAUACUCGUAAGGCAGUGUGGAAACGGCAGUGUCUUUUGCGUGUUGUAUGACUGUCUGCUUUAGCAAUGGUGUUUACAAUAACUAAUAACGUGAACAUUACAGAAGAAAAUCGAGGUUGUGCCAUAAAACAGUAUGCGUUAUCUUUUAUAGUGAGUCUGCCGUUCUUUACACAUGGCGUGGAAAGCCUUAACCUUACGAUCACAAGCCACUCUGGUCAUUUUGCUACACCCGAAGUUGUGCCUUGGACGACAUUGGGUCUCAUACUCGGAUCUAUCAUCAGUGCAAUGAUUUAUAGCUAUGCUGUUGAUACGUGGGGCAGAAAGUUCGGCAUUUACGUGGUAGUACUGUUGCAAGGGGCGUCAUGCAUACCACUUCUGAUACCGCCGAACGAUAUAGCCUACAUAAUCCUUCACGUGUUAUCGGGGAUCUCAACGGCUGGUCUUUUCAUAUGCAUACCAGUUUACGUGCGAGAAAUAAGUGACGUCAAAUGCCGUGGAGCAAUGAUGUCUUUGAUGGUAUUAAUGACGACGGCGGGAUAUUUAGUGAGAUUGGGGAUGGAUGUGGAUAGUAGACUGUAUUUGAUAGCCGGUUUGGUUAUGGCACAGUUUGUGUCCUUAUUCAUGAUUGUAGAGUCACCAACCUAUUUGGUUAAAGUUGGGAAAUUUGAGGCAGCAAAAAAAUGUUUGGGCAAGUUGAAAUGCCUAUCCGCAAACGAUACUCAUAUAGUCAACCAAAUAUUACUACUGAAAGAAGAGAGUGAACGUGCCAAGCCAAAUGGAGCUUUACGGUUUUAUCAGAUAUUUAAAAAUCAAAUAUGGCGCGACGAGAUGAAAAUAGGUGUUAUGCUCUUCACCACAAUAAUAUUAAGUGGAUGCAUUAUUUUCUUCGAUCAAGAGAAGAUUUUGAUACAAUUAAAGACAUCUACGGAUCCUGAUAGAAUAUUGGUGCCCAUUUGUUUGUUCGUUGGAGCUUUUGUUUGCGUCAUUCUAGUAAGGGUAUUUGAGAGAAAAUAUCUUCUAACCUUCGCUUUUUCGGUAAUGGUUUUAUCGAUGGGUACGUUGGCAGUGUUCACGCAAGCUGAUCUGACGGUGACGUCAUUGAGAUGGCUACCAAUAGCAGCACUGGGAGUGCUAGUAUUUGGGUAUGGGGUCGCUUGGGGUCUGCCUACAGUUAUUUUGGUGGAUAUGCUGAACUUGGAGAUCCGGACAAGAGUGUUAGGUGCUAUUUACACAUAUUCUCAAAUCUUAAGGCUUGCUCACGUGUACACGUUCAAAUACAUCGAAGAUUACAUGGGUAUAUACACUUUGCUAUAUAUAUUUGCCUGCAUCAACUUGUUCGGAGCUGUGUAUACGAUUUCCAAUAUACCCGAUAUAAAGGGCAAAAGCGUUAAACAAAUAGAAAGGCAAUUGAAAAAGAUUCCUAUUAUAAAAUGAAUGAAAUUAAUUUUAUUUACA